AUGAAAUUCACUCAAAUUGCCUCAAUCGCUUUAGUCGCUUUAACUGCUCAAGCCUACUCCGUCAAUGGUGAAGUCCAAGCUCUCAAAUUAGCUACAAGACAAGAACAAGAAGCUGAUCAAUUAUUAGUUCAAACCCCAAAAGCUAUUUCUGCUGCUUUGAAAGGUUUACCAGCUAAUACCAAUUAUGAUUUAAAUGCUGUUAUUUCAAAUGUAUACUCACAGUUAGGUCAACAACAACAAGGUGACGCUAUUCAUGCUGUUCAACAAGAUCUCGGUAAAAGAGAUUUAGAUGCUAUUAUUGAUUUCGUUACCAAUAUUAUUAAAGGUAUUUUGAACACUUUAGGUGCUGAUAAAGAUGCUAUCUUAAACUCAUUAGGUGCUAUUUUAACCAACAUUUUUAAAGUCAUUGGUGCUACUAAAGAUGCUAUUGUUAACUCAAUUGGUCAAAUCUUAAUUAACAUUGCUAAAGCAUUCCAAGUUAAUGUUGAUUUUGUCAAUGACAUUGUCAAACAAGUUUUCAAUGCUUUCGAAAUUGAAGUUGACAAUUUAGAUGACUUUAUUCAAGGUAUUGAGUCAAAAAUCAAUCAAACUGUUUCAAACUAG